UGGUGGGAGUGUGGGUUGUGAUAUUGGUGUGGAUAUCGAUAGUGGUGGGUGUGUACAGGGUACCGGUUUUUCUUAUCGUACCUGCCCGGAAAAAAACACAAGCAUUUUCGUAACUUGAAAAUCUAACCAUUUUCAGCUUUUCUCACACACUAUCAACACAGCAAAUAUAAAACCAAUCCAUCCAGCCGUACUUGAGUUAUCUUGUACACAGCUGUCGGACAAACAAAGGCUACUGAAAAUAUAACCUCCACUAAUAUUUCACGGAGUUAAUUAUUAAUUAUAAGUGACCUUUACCAGCCAAAGUACAACGACCGAACACCUGUGCAUUCUGCAGACUUGAUCUUUCCCCCUCUCUCUCUACGUGUCUCACCCUCCUUAGAAUCAUGUCGGAUUUUGUUGUAGACUUCUGCUGGGAUGUUUUGGAAGAUUCCCGCUUACCGUUGGUUUUCUGUACCACGUUGGUCGGUGUCCUGACCGUCUAUGUGGGACGUAAGUUCUACACAAGGCAACAGUACAAGCGGAAAGUCCAGAGGAAGAACGAAGAAAGGCAAAAGGCUCUUCAAGACGUCUUGAAAUCCUUAGAUACUGAUGAUAAGGACAUAUCGGACAUAAAUGAGAUCUUGACCCUGACCUUGCCUCAGCUCACACAGCAGCUGAAAGAUGGACAGCUGUCAGCUGUACAGGUGCUACAGGCAUACCAGAAGAAGGCUCUUGCAGUACACGGUGGUAUAAACUGUAUCACUGAACCCAUCCCGAACGCACUCGCGAGAGCCCAGGAAUUAGACAGCACCGAUCAAAAGUCGGGUCUACUGUAUGGAGUCCCCGUGUCAAUCAAAGACAACAUCAAUAUCAAGGGGAUGGCGAAUACCCUGGGUCUAGUGAAGUACCUGGAAAACUACGCCGAGGAAGACUCUGUUAUCGUCCGUGUGUUGAAGAAACAAGGGGCGGUGCCUUUUGUGAAGACCAACGUGCCUCAGCUACUGUUCGAUAUUGGAUGCGGAAACCCGUUGUUUGGUACGACGCUGAACCCACGUGACCCCACCCGUAGUCCUGGCGGGUCGUCAGGAGGAGAGGCGGCGCUGAUUGGUGGAGGAGGAUCCAUCCUCGGCAUCGGUAAUGACGUAGGCGGCAGCAUCCGCAUUCCCGCGCACUUCUGCGGAAUCUGCGGCUUCAAACCUACUGCUAACAGGCUGAGCAAAAAGGGGUACUUCACUGCUGCCCCGGGUCAACAAGGACUGGUCAGUACGUGUGGUCCGAUGGCCCGAGACGUGGACAGUCUGGUGCUGGUGAUGAAGGCUCUACUGGUACCGGACAUGUUCCAACUGGACCCUCUGGUGCCGCCUAUACCAUUCAGACACGAGAUAUAUAUAUCGAAGAGGCCCCUGAAGAUUGGCUACUUUCUAGACUGGGAGCUGGCCUUGGCUGCACCAGCUCUUACAAGGGCAGUGAAGGUCACCAAGGAGGCACUGGAGAAAGCUGGGCACAAUCUUGUGCUAUUCCAGCCUCCAAAAAGUGACCACGCUUUCCAGGACAUCAUUCCUAAAUGUCUUCUGGCUGAUGGCGGGGAAACUAUCCGUAGCCGUAUGUCUGGUGAAAUGGCGGACCCACGUCUGAAAGCCAUGAUGCCUUAUCUAACGAUGUCGUACUUCUGGCGAAAGGUUGUUGGAUUCUUACUGAAACCAAUCUCGCCUCGGGUAUCAAGGGGGAUGUCUCACCGCCUUCUUCGGACCAUAUAUGACCUGUGGCAAAGACUAGUGGAGCGAGAGGAAUACGUAAGGGAGUUCUUGUCGACUUGGGAAGAAGCCGAUAUCGAUGUUCUUCUGUGCCCUGCAUUUCCAAUACCUGCUUUUAAAUACAAAGGAACACGUGCGAUACCGGAAACUACAUACUACACAAAUAUCUUCAACCUCCUGAACUUUCCCGCCGGCGUGGUCCCUGUUACUAAGGUAACGGAGGAAGACGACAGGCUGCUGGAUGACAUCAUCGGAUCUAAGAAGGACCCGUUUGACAGAAAUGUUUUGAAGGUUGCCAAAGGUGCAGUUGACAUGCCGGUCGCCGUGCAGUGUGUGGCGCUGCCGUGGCAGGAGGAGGCCUGCCUCAGGCUCAUGAAGGAAGUGGAGACUGUCUGUAAAAUGUAAACUUUAAUCAUCAUCACACCAAAAAGCAGUUACUCAAGCAACAGGAUAUGAUUUUGGAACUUUGGGAAUCCGAAAUUGUCUUUGACCUUGUCUUACCUUGUUCCUUAUUGGACGUCCGAAUUAUCUUCAUCUAUUUUGCAUUCAUAGGUAGGAUAUAAAAAACAGUUUCUUCUUCAUCUUGAGUGCCCUCAAUCUUUGUCGUAGAUUAUUACGGCACUUUUGGAUGGGCGCAUUAGCCGGUGCAGGCUGACACUAAGAAAAUCCUGUGCAAUACUCUAUUAAUCCGUAAUCGUAGUCCAAAGUCCGUACCAGGUCAAAGUCCGUGGGACCCGCCGAAUAGUGUCAUACAGUGUUAGGGUAAGCAGGAGGCACGAGACACGAAAGUUUCUUCCAUUGUCAUUGACUAAAGAUAGUGGAUACUGUCUAAAACGUCUAACAUGUCGACAGUUUAAAGGUCAUAGUCAGUUGCUUGAGUAACUUUUUGAUGUAACCUUAGUCUUAUUACCUGGAUGUCUAACCUUCAUCGAAGUUUGAUCGUUAUCAUUAACAUCAACAUUUAAAGAAACACCAUGUUAUGAUUUUUUUCUCUUUUGUUUUACUUUUUUGCUUUAUUAUAAUCUACAUGUAAUACCGUACCUAUCUCAUAGAGCUUUGAUAGAAAGUAACGAUCCAUUUGGUAUACCAGAGAAUAUUCCGGAUAAAUGAAUUAUGGGUAAAGCAGGCAGCAAGCGACAUAUUUCUAUGGUAACGGGUACUGUACGGUCCGGGGUAUGUCGUCAUGGCAACUAUUUUCUCACCCCAUUCUUUACCCAUAGUGCUCCGUUUUUACCAACAUACAAAGGGAUCUGGAAUACGAAUAUGAUAUAUUAGACAAAAAAUGACUACCAUAUUUUGUUUUAGGUGAUAUUAUAUUUACAAUUAUUAGAAGUUUAAAUAAGCAUCUAUAAGUUUCAAUAUUUUUUU